AUGGAGGAAACAACACAGCGAAAGAAUGUCCAAAAAUAUUUCAAAAAAAUAAAAGGCCAUAAUGGACUUCAAACUAUAGUUGUGCGUGAGUUUGAGCUGGCAGACAAACUGGAAGUGCAGCAGAUCUUUUAUGAAGGGCUGAUGGAGAUGGUAGCAGACACUGCCUUCAGAGGCUUGAGACAUCACCCUGAGAGCCUCCUGCUCUAUACAGCUAUGACAAGUAAGACAUUUAUGAAGCAGAAGCCAGGAGGUGCAGUCGAGCUGCAGCGGAUGUCUGUUGACCGGAGCUGUCGGCGGUGUGGAGUUGGCGUGGCGCUGGGACAAAAGGUGGUUGAGUUUGCUGUCACUCACAGAUAUUCCUCUGUUGUCCUGGGAACCACAGCGUACACGGCCGCGGCCCACCAGCUCUACCGGCGUCUGGGCUUCCACUGUGUGGGGUUCACUAACGGGUACGUCACACCCGGUGCGAGAUGUAGCUUACUGGAACGAAUUUUCUACAGGGUCCGUCAUCAUCAUUACAAACUCAAUGUGCAAAAUAGCAAGAUCACUGUAAAUGGACAGCACUGA